CAUGAUUAUUAUUUAACAAUAACUGUACAGUGGCAAUGGCUGGAAUCUCCUGCCAAGAUCCAGGCCCCAUUGUGCAAGGCUUAGUGCAGACUGCGAGAAAGCUCUGUCCUGAAGAACAUCCAAUCUACACAGACAAAAGGAGGGAGAAAGGGUGGAUUUGGGUCCCUAAAUUGCCGUUGGGAUCUGAUGCCCAGAGAAUGACUUCUGUAAAAACAGCACCAAGAACCUGUUUGUGUUCUCCAAAACGAUGUUCAAUGGCUCCUCGAUCUCUCUCCACGUGGUGCCGAAGGAGUGUUCCCCGGGGGUGACCCUGAACGUGACCUGGUACCUGCGGAGCUCUCAUUGUCACAACGAAGUCUACAUGAACGAGAAGAGAGCAGAGGCUUACCUGACAAAUUACAAGACCGAGCUGGAGCCGAAGAGCUCUGGCCAGUACAUCCUACACUCGUAUAAACCCUUCAACUGUAGCCACGCGGUCCCCCUGGAGCUGAAUGUAGAGAGUUUUGAGCUGCCUACCCGGCUGGAUCGGCUCACGGACUUGCAGCAGGAGACCAGGGUCCAGCGGCGCGGGACUGCAGAUGCGCAGCCCAAGGAUGCCACCAAGGAUGCCGCAGGGAAGCCGAAGUCGUCUGCUAUUAAAUUGACUGGUCCACCUGACAAAAAUCCAGAAGCGGCAGGGAAGCCGAGCGAGACCCAGGGAGAGAAACGGGGCCCAGGAGAGGCAGACGGAACCAAGAAAUUAAAAGCAGGGAGACAGGGCAAAUCAGAGCUGUAUGCCGUAGCCGAGACCUGGGAGGAUGGGCCCUACGUGUUCAUCCUGAAGAUUGAGGGGCAGAGCAAGGACCCAAAAGCUGCCUCGAACUGGGAGCUCACAAUUGACGUCCGGAUGAAGCACCCUCACUACCAGUACAUCUCCGCCUCUGAGUGGCCCCUCAUGGCGUUCUACAUGGCCAUGUGCAUCGUGUACGUGUUCUACGGGGUGCUGUGGCUGGGGCUGCUGGCCUGCUACUGGCGGGAUAUCCUGCGCAUCCAGUUCUGGAUCGGGGGGGUCAUCCUGCUGGGCAUGCUGGAGAAGGCCGUCUUCUACGCCGAGUUCCAGAGCAUCCAGAGCCAGGGGGUGUCUGUCCAAGGGGCCGUGAUCUUCGCUGAAGUGCUGUGCGCUGUGAAGCGUAUGCUGGCCCGCGUGCUGGUCAUUAUCGCCAGCCUGGGUUACGGCAUUGUCAAGCCGCGGCUGGGUGCCCUGCUGAACCGGGUAGUGGGCGUGGGGCUGAUGUACCUGCUCUUCUCCAUCAUUGAGGGUGUCCUGCGGGUGAAAUCGGCUCAGGAUGACCUGGUGCUGCUGGCUGCCAUCCCUUUGGCUAUGCUUGACUCUGCCCUCUGCUGGUGGAUCCUCAUCAGCCUGGUACAGACCAUGAAGCUCUUGAAGCUACGACGCAACACGGUGAAGCUGUCCCUGUAUCGCCACUUCACCAACACCCUCAUCUUCGCCGUGAUCGCAUCCGUCAUCUUCAUCAUCUGGACCACCAAGACCUUCCGGCUCACCAAGUGCCAGUCGGACUGGCGGGAGCUGUGGAUCGACGAUGCCUUCUGGAGGUUCCUCUUCUCCAUCAUCCUGCUGGUGAUCAUGUUCCUGUGGAGGCCCUCGGCCAACAACCAAAGAUACGCAUUUGUGCCGCUGGUGGAUGAAGGGAGCGAGGAAGAGGACGAGGACGAGGAACAUAUGGUGAACGAGGCCUUUGAAGGGAUGAAGAUGAGGAGUGCAAAAAAUGAAGUCAACGGGAUCCUGAAAGGCAGCAGAGUGGAUGAAGAUUUGAAAUGGGUGGAGGAAAACAUCCCUUCGUCUAUGGCCGACGUGGUGCUACCACCUCUGCUGGACUCCGAUGAGGAAAUAGUGACCACGAAAUUUGAAAUGUCCAAGAUGGAGUGAGAAAGGAAUCCGGCCAGUCGUGCUGCAGGAUAUGCCCAGCUUCCCUCCAUGGCCUGUCGGGGAAGGAGAGUUGCUGGUGGUUUUUCUUUUAAUAUAUAUAUUUGUAUAUGGUUAAAAGAUUAUUUUAUUACCUUUAA